GGCAGAGAACACCCACAUAGUUCAGCUUCAUGAUGUAGCUGAGCCUCAUUCAAAACCACUAGACCUGCCCGCUUUCACUGGACGUUGCCUCAGUGUGGGGUUUCAGCUGGACCGUCUCUUGCUGUGCGGGUUUUAUUGGAAGAGAUUGUGGAAUGCUGCUGGACGAGACUCCACUUUUUGAGCCCUCUCUGCUUCAGGAGCUCGACUGGAGUAGCAACACUGUGUCCUUCUCUCCACCCAUCUCCCCGUCCAAUCCAGGGGAGGGCCUGGUUCUCAGGCCGCUCUGUACAGCAGAUUUCAAUAGAGGAUUCUUCAAGGUUUUAUCUCAACUCACCAAGACAGGCGAUGUCACACCAGAGCAGUUUGAAAAGAAGUUUGAGCACAUGAAGAAAACAGGAGACUACUACGUCAUUGUGGUGGAGGACACAAAUCUGGGACAGAUUGUCGCCACGGCCACGCUGAUCACCGAGCACAAGUUCAUUCACUCUUGUGCUAAGAGAGGCCGGGUGGAGGAGGUGGUAGUCAGCGAUGUGUGCAGAGGGAAGCAGCUGGGGAAACUGUUAGUCUCAACUCUCACUCUUCUCUGCAAAAAACUGGAUUGCUAUAAAAUCACUCUGGAAUGUGCGCCUAAAAAUGUGGCUUUCUACCAAAAGUUUGGCUACAACGCUUCAGACGAGACUUACAUGCAGUGUCGAUUUUUCGACUGAGGACGACGGAAGCUUUAAACCCCAGUUUUCGGGGCGUGGACCAUAUCUUUACACACCGACUGUCAGCAGAACUUGUUGUGUACGUCUUAAGAAUCGGGAGGAAGAGAUGUGACACAGCUGAAACGUCCCUGAACGCUCAUUGUGAUUGCAAUGCACUUGAUAACUGUACAUGAAGCUCGGUCUAACACCGUCAUCCGCCCCCUUUGGUAACCAUGACUACCUCACCAGGGUAGAUCAUCUUCUCAUCCGUCAUAAGAAAGAAAUGUCAAGUCAUUAUUAAGUCUUAUUUUGUUACACUGCUAACAAGUCAUUUGCUGUGUACUGACAGUAAAAAUACAUGAAUGUGUUGCUAGAGUACAGCCGGAAGUAAAUCCAGCUGUGUUGAAAAUCAAGAUGGUACCAUAAUACCAGCUACAUAAUUAAAAUAAUUCACUAGAGGCAACAGCUUUUCACACUACAAAACCAAAUAUGCUUCAAGAAUUUUACUGUACACCAUGAUUCAAGUUUCUCUGACAGAUCUCUGUCACCAAAGAAAAGCAGCGUUUUCUUUUCCGUUGAAACUUUUGUAAGAGGUUUUUGGUUUCACUUGGGUUUUUCUAAUAUCUGUCGGUACAAAGUGCUCUCUACCCCAACAGGCCUUCCUCUCUCUGACAAGCUGUGUUACUGGAUAACUGCAAUGAAGUUAUAAAAGACAUGAAGAAUCACAAUCAAGACUGUUAUAAUGUAAAACAUUUCCCGUGAACAAAACACAUGUUUUGUGAGGCUUCGGUCCGAACAUGAACGCAAGGCUUGUAAAGUUUUGUAUCUGGUCGUCAGCUGGGAUGAGGAUGCAAGCAUUUUGUAAUGGGAAAUGGAUGAGUGAUUUUUGUAAAUCAUCUCUUAUUUAAGCUUUUGUAGUUAAGUUUUAUAAUUAUACGGUUAUUUGGGGGAACAGGGGGACAUAUUUAAUGUAAUUUAUUUCCAGAAGUCAAAUAAAAUAUUCUAUGAUCAA